UCUAACGAUUCUCCUUUUAUAUAAACAAACUGGAGACACGUUUUUUAAUAUUAUCACUUCACUUCAGCUACAGUGACACCAUUGAUUAUUUUUUCUAAGAAAAAAUGUUUAGAAUUGCUUGUGUAAUGGUUUUAGCGCUAAUAUUUGUUGGAAAUAGCCAACAGUCUCCGGCCCCACAAGGUGGCGGAGCUGAUGGCGGUUUUGGAGGAGGAUUCCAAGCUGGCGCUGGUGGUGGUUUUGGAGCUGGCGGAGCUGAUGGCCAAGCUGGUGGUGGCGCAAAUGGUGGUGCAGGAUUUAGUAUGGGAGCCGGUGGCAAUGCAGGAGCUGGAGCUGGAGGUGGAAAGUAGUAACUUACAUCAUAUUGGGCACAGUGUACUAAUAAACCAAUGUAAUUAUUUAAUAAAAAUGAUAUAAAGUAAAAUAUAAACCUAUUAAUUAAAAACUUAAAAAAAUAAGGAUUCAGAGUUGUUAUUUUGACUGUAUAAAAUUAAUUUUUACAAUACCUACUGUGAUUUCAGAAUAU